CAACAUCCUUGGAUUAAUAGAAAUUUCCUGAUUUAGUCUCAUAACUGCCUACUUUCGCUCUCACGGUAACUCGAAAUUCCCACCAAAGGAAAUCCACAAUGUUUGUAUUUUUUAAAUGAUUACAUUUAACGCUACGUAACAUUAUCGAGAAGAUAACGGGUUGAUUCACUUAGAAACGAAAGUUUACUCGCGACAGCCAGCUGUCACUGUUGUUGACAGUGUGGAUUAUUUUGUUCGACGAGAACUGCAGACAUGAUGGCGUCUAGCUACAACGCCAAAGAAGAGGACAGACACCAGCCUGGUGCUACGGGCCAUGUAGGCUCAGGAACUAUGACAAAUAAAAUGCCGGACAACACUGCGUUCAAACAGCAAAGACUGCCCGCUUGGCAACCUAUUUUGACAGCCGGCACUGUUCUUCCUGCUUUCUUUGUAAUUGGUCUCCUCUUCAUCCCCAUCGGCGUUGGGCUUUUCGUGACGUCAAACAACAUCAAAGAGUUCGAGAUUGAUUACACUGGUGUUGACAUGUCAAGUCCGUGCUACAGCUGUUCUCAAAGCUACAGCUGGAACAACACAAAGUCAUGUACCUGUUCCGUACCCUUCUCUCUGGAUCAACCAUUUGAGAGUAACGUCUUCAUGUACUACGGAUUGUCCAACUUUUAUCAGAAUCACAGACGCUAUGUGAAGUCCAGAGAUGACAGCCAGUUAAACGGAGAUAAGACUUCUCUACAGAGCCCCAGCAAGGAAUGUGAGCCGUAUCGCAGCAGUGACAAGCCUAUUGCUCCAUGUGGUGCUAUCGCCAAUAGCCUCUUCAAUGACACUCUGGAGCUCUAUUACAUUGACCCCAAUGGCUCCAGAACCGCAAUUCCUCUGGUAAAGAAGGGUAUUGCAUGGUGGACGGACAAGCAUGUCAAAUUCAGGAACCCCAGUGGAAACAACAACCUCACUGUAGUUUUCCAAGGCACAAGCAAACCUGUGAACUGGAGAAAGCCUGUCUUUGAGCUGGACCCAUCAGACUCUGACAACAAUGGCUUCAUCAAUGAGGAUUUCAUUGUGUGGAUGAGGACCGCUGCCCUGCCCACCUUCCGCAAGCUGUACCGCAUCAUCCAGAAGAAGCCCAACAACAUGACCCCCACGUUGCCCCGAGGAGAAUACAUCCUGGAGGUCACCUACAAUUACCCCGUGCGGAGCUUCGAUGGGAGGAAGCGCAUGAUUCUGAGCGCCAUCUCCUGGAUGGGUGGCAAAAACCCCUUCCUGGGCAUUGCUUACAUCACUGUGGGAUCUGUCUGCUUCUGCCUGGGCUUAGUCCUCCUCAGCAUCCACUACAGAUAUGGCAAACGUAACAGUGCAGAUAUUUCCAGCUGAAGGCCUUGCUCAUAUGGAGACCCUACCUCCUCCUCCCUCUGCAUGCCUGGGUCUAGCCACCACUAGUUUGCCCUGCUCUGGACUGCUUGCUGAUUUAGCCUGGAUGCACUGCUCUUUGUUUGUUAAAAUGUUUGUUUUGUGUUGUAAUGUUAGCUCACUCAUUCCCACCUCCAGUGGAAGGCUGCAGUCAGGUGUUUUUUCAGAAGGGUGAUUAUAUAUAAUUUCAGCAUGUUCUAGAUAUCUGUUGUAAAGAACUUACACCAUUGCGGAUUCUCGUGACAAAGGUCUGUUCUACACAAUAUAUGUCUGUAAUAUUGUGCCCUCCUGAAAAAGGCCUGUGUGUGUGUUACACCCUGUAAAUUAAUGGGAUGAGACACAAAAAGGCUCUGGAAGCUUAGGAUACUGUGUCUUUGUACAAGAUGACUGCUGAAAAUGUUCUCUGUGGUUCUGAAGUACAUAGUGUUUGUAUUAUCUUUUUAUCGUAUCUCAAAAGACAACAUGUAUAUUAUUUGAGCAAUGUAUGUUGUAUGGCUUGAUGGCACUAUAUUUUAAUGUAAGUUCCACACACAUAUUAUUCUGUAAUAUUUCCUGUUUGUGAAUGUACUAAUGUUUUUAAUUUACAUACCUCUGAGGCAAUUUCAAACAGUUUUGAAUUGGGGAAAAAAAGUUCAUAGACAUGUUGAUUGUUUAAGCAUAUAAGCAGUUAUUGAUGUGAUCGAAAAAAUGUUCACUUAUCGAUUUUAUUGCCGCUCAACAAAAGAGAUCUUAUUGAGAUUGGUUUGUCAAUGUUUAAUCACAUUUUUAUUUUGAUCAAUUACUGUAUUGGUCAAACUGGUUUUCUCUAGUAUGGUAUGUGUGAAAUCCUAUUUUGUCCUCUUAGGAUACAGCCAUAGCCAACUUGAUCUGAAGGUUUUAUGGACCAAUGCUGUUGACGUUGUCUCUACAAUGGAACUUUUUGACUUGACUAUGAAAAUGCAUUUUAAAACAUUUAACAAGCUUCAUUUCAAUGUUGACCAAAUGCUAUGCAUUUUAAAAGUGUUACAUUUGUUAUGCAGUACUUGAAUUUUUAUUUAGGUUUUCUUUGUUUUUUAAAGCUAAUUCUGCCCUUUUAUUCUUUAAUAUAUUGCAUUGGAUAAUCUGCUGAUAUUUCAAAAGUGAAUCAAAUGUGAGAAAUGAUAUUUGCAAGUUAUUGAUUGGUUUUUAUUUCACUCGUCAAUGUUAAUGGAAAUUAAAUGUGAGGUGCACUCCUGGGUGUUGCCCAAUGAUGGAAAUAAACCCUAGAAUUUGCUUGCUAUGUUUUGGCUAAUGAGGGGCUUUGCAGCCAACGAUCAGCUAUAUAAGUCCCACAUACACGUAGGAAUGAAUGGAAUUAUAGAGUAUUUAAUUUCAAGGACAAAAGUACAUAUUGUAUUGGGGACAGUAAAAUGAGAACUUUCAAAAUAAAUGUUUAUUUUUAGCUUACAGAAUAUGAUUAAAGUAUGCAUUAAGCUGUCUGUAAUAGAAUAAAUGUGACAAAUAAAUGUAGACAUUAGUAAA